AACGGGGGGGGGGAGUUUACGGUUGCGUGCCGAUGAAACGAUUUUUAAGUACUGAUUGUAACCUAAACUGCAAUUUGGCCUUUUGGCCCUGAAACUUUAAUAAAAUAAACCAUUAAUAACAAUAGAUGGUGUUUUGUUUUAAUUUUCGAAUCCGAAGAUUGAAGAAGAUCCCUGACUUCUGCUAGCUAGCCACUCAGCUACCGACACUAGCACAAGUAGACGAUCCCUGCCUAUUUCUCCCAAAGGCCAAACAAAACGAUUGCUUAUUGGACAUUUCGUGGGCAGCGCUCCGCGUACUGCCAAUCAGAGUGGACGUUAAACACGGCUUCGGACCGGUCCUUCAAUGCGACUGAAAAACAUGGAGGGCUGCACAAAAUUUCCGCUCUGGAAAAUCAUGCAAAUUUCUGGAUGUAUUUUCCUGAUUUUGGUGAUUUUGUCACCUGCAGCAUUAGGUAAAAAGAAGGAUGAGGCUUUGGGUGAGAGGGUCAAACAGCUGAUGGACUGGAGCACCAAGCGCGUCAUCAUCCGCAUGAACGGCGACAAGUUCCGACAGUACGUGAAGUCCACGCCGCGCAACUACUCCAUGGUCAUCAUGCUGACUGCAAUGCAACCCCAGCGCAAGUGCACCGUGUGUCGGCAAGUGAGUGACGAGUUUCAGAUUGUGGCCAACUCCUGGCGCUACUCCCAGUCCUACUCCAACAAGUUGUUCUUUGCGAGUGUGGACUACGACGAGGGGCAGGACGUCUUCAAAAUGCUGAAGACAACCUCGGCGCCAAGCAUCCUCCACUUUCCACCUAAGGGCAAAGCAAAGAAGGGCGAUACGUUUGACAUUCAAAGAGUUGGAUUUCAAAGUGAGCAGAUGGCUAAAUGGGUUGGGGAACGCACUGACGUCCACAUCCGCAUUUUCCGGCCUCCCAACUACUCGGGCACCAUUGCGCUCGGUAUCCUGCUCAGCAUGGUCGCCGGCUUUCUCUACUUCCGACGCAACAACCUGGAGUUCCUGUACAACAAGACCAUAUGGGGAGUAGUGUCUCUGUGCAUUGUGUUUGCCAUGACGUCUGGUCAGAUGUGGAAUCACAUCCGAGGCCCACCGUACGCCCACAGGAACCCCCAGACAGGCCAAGUGAGCUACAUUCAUGGUAGCAGUCAGGGUCAGUUUGUGGCCGAGACUCACAUCGUCAUCUUGCUGCAUGCCGCUGUGACUGUUGGUGUGAUUUUGUUAAACAAGAACGCCAUCACGGAGGGCGACAUCAGAAAACGGAGAGUCGUGACGGUCAUCGGUCUGGUUAUGGUGGUGUUCUUCUUCAGUCUACUGUUGUCGGUAUUCAGGGCCAAGUACAAGGGCUACCCAUACAGCUUCUUGAUCAAGUAGAUGGAGGUGGCAAGCUCUUCACAACAAUUUAGUACAGGACUCAAUUACAUGAGAUGCUAAGCAGAUUUAUGCGCUUAGCAAAAAUAAGCCAGGAACCGGUCACAAGCAGUAGACAUUACUAGUGAUUUUGGCUGGUAAACCGUUUUUGCUUAGCGCAUACUUUCCGUGCUUAGCAAAUUUCUGUGCUUAAAGAUGCAUUACCCGUGCUGUUUUCAUGUUUCAUCCC